CCUCUGUCUGGAUUUCUAAUGUAACUUAGCAACUUGAGGGUUGGGCAAAGAACUCUGCAACACAGAGAUAUGUUUUGACAACAGACAGGCUUCUACAGCAAACAUGGACAAUAAUUAAAUAACCGUAUCUACAAAGUGUUUUUAAAAUGGCAGACCCAGUGGUUGACCAAAUGACAAGGCUCAGAUUGAAAAUGUUGGAAAAGAGACUGGAGAAUGAGAGAAAUGACAACAUUGAACGAGAAGGUUCAGCGUUUUCCACAAGAAGUUAUGAUGGGCAGGCAGAUGCAUUACACAGCGCUCUGAGACGGAAGAGAAACCUCCUACAGAGACUGAGGGAACAGCAUAUGAUGGAGGAUCUGGGAAGGCCUCACACAUGGGGUGGAUCUCAUAGGCAAUAUCAUUAUCAACCUCUUCUUGGGCCACUCCAACCUGUGCCUCCCAUCCAUAUCCACCAAACUACACCACCUGCACCUCCACCUCCUCCUGCCCCUCAGCCCCCUCAAAUCAUUCAACACACCGUUCCUCAACAGCCAGCCACCAUUAUCCAGCAAUUACCACAGCAACAGCCUCUCAUAGCACAAAUCCCACCUCCACAAACCUUUCCCUACAGAUCAGGAAGUAUUAAAGAAGACAUGGUGGAGUUGAUGCUCAUGCAGAAUGCACAGAUGCACCAGAUCAUCAUGCACAAUAUGAUGCUGAAGGCUCUUCCGCCAAUGGCCAUAUUCCCAGGAGGAAGCAACAGUCAAAUCACACCUCUAGCCUCACAUUCAGGGCAGGACCUUCAACAUUCAACAAUGAGAGGAGGGGUUGUCCAUCAUCACCAUCACUACGGCUCCCAUGUACCACCUCUUCCUCCAAUUGGCUACUCUUUUUGGCCCUCUUUGAUGCCAGCAGGACAAGCCGGGACUCAUCAGCCAACAGUGCAGCCUGUGAUUGGUCCUGUGAAUCUGCCCCCCUUAAACACUGAACUCCCGGACUCCACUUGGACUCUGAGAUAAACAUACGAAAAAUUGCCAAGGGC